GAAUGUGUGUUUCGGCACUUGACUCAUCCUCUCUCCAGCUCUCUUCCCCUCCCACUUCAGUUGCUACUCCCAGGCAGGACCUGUCAGUCGGGCUGGGGCUCCUCUGCACAUGGGGCAGCUGUCUGUGGGAGGGCAGAGUCCAGCACAGCUGCCUCAGUCUCUGGAGCUGCCAUUUGGGGCUGAAGUGACUACUCAAGAGGUCCAGGAGCCCAGAUGCUGAUCUGAAGAGAGAUGACGAAGGAAAGCCACUGAUGCCCUUCCAGCUACCAGGGAAGAGAGCAGGUGUCUGUGAGCGUCUUGUUGACCAGCCACGAGGCGAGGAUAUCGGCUGUGUGGAAGACAAUGACCCCUGCCCUUUGGUUGUACGGCUUGGUGCUUCUGCUGCCUACAGAAUCCUGCAGGAUAUUAUGCCAGGCCACCACCAAAAGCAAGGAUACGGUGAUGUCCAGGCCACAUGGUGAGUGUGAUGGUGUCUGUAAGGAGAGCGAUGCCCCUUGCUUUCAAUCUUGCCCUCCAAAAAGUGAGGGCAGCAUGAAAUUUGCCUGUAAGGCCAAGAAAUGGCACAAAGUUACUGAAACCUGCCACACUCUGAAUGCCAUGAACAUGUUUGAGGAGGAUGAGGAAUUAUAUUCAGUUCAGUCCUCUGAAUCGACUAUAGUUCUACAUGAUGAUUCACGCAGAAAAUCUCAGACCAUAACAGACAUGCUGAUGGCAAAGUGUCCCAAGGAUUUAUCUUGUGUCAUCAGAAGCAUUCAGAAGUCUCCCCGGAUGCCGGGGAACAUUGCUAUGGUGGUAGAUCUUUUACACAACAUCUCCACAGCCCUAACCAGAGAGGUCAACGAGGAAAAGAUGUGGAGUUACAGCGCCAUGGCCAACCAUAUUCUUAAUAGCACAAGCAUAUCAAAUUGGACCUUCAUCCAAGACAGAAACAGCAGCUGUGUCUUGCUUCAAUCAAUCAAUUCAUUUGCAAGCAAGUUAUUUGUGAAGGACCAUCUCAUCAAUAUAUCACAUGUCUUCAUUCAUACCCUGGGCACCAUCAUGUCCAGGGACAGCCACGGGAGGAAUUUCACUUUCUCAAUGAGAAUCAAUGACUCGAGCGAUGAAGUCACUGGGAGGGUACUGCUCACAACUGAAGACCUGCAGAAGGUUCCUUCUCCUUCCCAGGUCAUCAGCAUCGCCUUCCCAACUCUAGGGGCCAUCCUGGAAGCCAGUCUUUUGGAAAACAUGACCGUGAAUGGGCUUGUCCUGUCUGUCAUUUUGCCUAAGGAGCUUAAAAAUAUCUCACUGAUGUUUGAAAAGAUCAGCAAGGCAGAAGGGAGGAAGUCCCAGUGUGUGGGCUGGCACUCCCUGGAGAGCAGAUGGGACCAGAAAGCUUGUAAGCUGAUUCAAGAAAAUUCCCAGCAGGCUGUUUGCAGGUGUUGGCCAAACAAGUCGUUUUCUUCCUUCUCCAUCCUCAUGUCACCUGAUACCUUGGAGAACCCCGUUCUAAUUUAUAUCACGUACAUAGGCCUGGGCAUUUCCAUCUGCAGCCUGAUCAUCUGCCUGUUCAUCGAGGCCUUAGUCUGGAGUCAAGUGACAAAGACAGAAAUCUCAUAUUUGCGUCACCUGUGUAUUGCUAACAUUGCAGCCACCUUGCUGAUGGCGGAUGUGUGGUUCAUUGUGGCUUCCUUCCUCAGUGGCCCAAUAUCCCACUACAAUGGAUGUGUGGCUGCGACCUUUUUUGUGCAUUUCUUUUAUCUGGCUGUGUUCUUCUGGAUGCUGGCCAAGGCUCUCCUUAUCCUCUAUGGAAUUCUGAUCGUGUUCCAUACACUGCCCAAGUCAUUCCUGGUGGCCUCUCUCUUUUCAGUGGGCUAUGGGUGCCCUUUGGUGAUUGCUGUUACCACACUCGCUGUCACGGAGCCCAGAAGAGGCUACCUCCGCCCGGAGGCCUGCUGGCUUAACUGGGACAUGACCAAGGCUCUCCUGGCCUUUGUGGUCCCAGCUCUGGCCAUCGUAGUAGUGAACCUGAUUACAGUCACACUGGUUAUCAUCAAGACCCAGAGGGCUGCCGUUGGCAGUUCCAUGUUCCAGGAAGUGAGAGCCAUCGUGAGGAUCUGUAAGAACAUCGCCAUCCUCACACCACUGCUGGGGCUGACCUGGGGAUUCGGAAUAGGCACGGUCAUCAGCAGUCAAUCUCUGGUCUUCCACAUUAUCUUCUCCUUACUCAAUGCAUUACAGGGCUUCUUCAUCCUCAUGUUUGGAACAAUCCUGGAUCCAAAGAUAAGAGAAGCCUUAAAGAGUCGAGUAAUGUCUGCUAAAUGGGCCUCCAGAGCAUCAGAGGAUCUUUCUUCUGAAUUCUCUUGUCAUCCUACCAAAGGGCCAAGCUAACAAAGUAGCAUGCAUCCCUACCAUGGGAGGUUGCUCAUUCCUGGAAUGGCAGUGCCCAAGGAAGCAUGCACUUCAUUCCUGGCCUCUUGCCACUGAGUACUUUGAAGGAAGCCUCUACCCUGCAGAGCUGAUGGAGGAGGGGAUGACAUGUGGAUGGCCCCUCUGUCAAGGCUGUUCUGUGCUUCUAAACAUGUCUUGCCCACCAACUGCAAAUCUACAUAUGACAUACUAAGCAUCUGCAGGGACAAGAAGACAAAGUGGGUAUCAACAACAGUGUCUCACUGAUGCCUCCACCUCCACACUGCUGUGUCAUAUUUAUCGUCAGGGAGAAAGCUCGGCUUUUCUCAGCAAAGGUGGCCUAGGAUACAAUGUGUUGGAUUCUAAAGGAGAGUUCUCAAGAAUAGUCUCCAACAGUCAGACUGACUCUAAGUAGCUCACAGCUGGCUCUGUGUAGAAGGGUGCCUCCUGCCAGUAUAUUCUACUUUUUCAAAAUCAAACUGAUUAGAUGGUCAAGUCUGGCUGGGGCCUGAAUGCAACUUCUUGGAGAGUGAACCAAGAGGAAACUGUAGAGUGUUGGAAUUGGACACGAUGCCUGUUUUAAGAUGCAGUGGAAAGCUGGAACUGUGAGUCACAGCUCUGCUAACCUGGGCCAACUCUGUUGGCUUCCAGGGCUUCACUUUGUAGGCAGAAGUUUCUGUCACACCUGGUUCUACAGCCAUUUAGUCCCAAAUAAAUACACAGAGGCUUACAUAAUC